CACUAACACUUAUAUGUAAACACACAACAACGCCAUCAUUGUCCCAACAUAUUCUAAGAAUCUUCUUUCUCUCUCUCUUUCUAUCUCUUUGUAGUGUAAGCAACAAAAUUCCAUCAAGUGUGAUCUCUUAAUAUGUGGAGUUGUGUGUGGACUACUCUUACUUCAUAAUUUCCAUGCCUGCAAGUGCAAGUGCAAGUGCCAGUUGCUGAGUUGAACGUGCCACUUGACCGCAAGUGUUUUUGUUGUCACCAUGUGUGUGAAAGAUGGCGAACAAGUUGGUGAAGAUCAUAUAGAGAAGAACGUUGAUAACAAUAGGAGAGUUUCAUGGCCUUUGCAUUGUGAUCUCUUGCGUGCCCACAUGGAUAACAAAGAAAAAGACUCUUCUUUUAGAAUUCCCUCUGACCAGAUCAGUAUUGUAAAUUCAUCUCCUCUGGAAAGCAUAUGUGAGGAUGCAGAAAUUGUGGACAAAAAACAGAACAUGAUGAACUUUGUCCCUACUCUUCGGUCUGGAGAGUGUUCUGAUAUUGGAGAUCGCCCUUCCAUGGAGGAUACCCACAUAUGCAUUGGAGACUUGGCAGAAAAAUUUGGCAAUAACGAACUUUGCAAGGAAGCUAUUUCCUUUUAUGGUGUAUUUGAUGGACACGGAGGGAAGAGCGCUGCACAAUUUGUUCGUGAUCAUCUGCCACGGGUGAUUGUUGAGGAUGCUGACUUCCCUUUGGAAUUAGAGAAGGUAGUCACAAGGUCAUUUUUGGAGAUUGAUGCAGAGUUUGCAAGAUCAUGUUCUACCGAGUCUUCCCUGUCUUCUGGUACAACUGCACUGACUGCAAUUAUAUUUGGAAGGUCUUUACUGGUUGCCAAUGCUGGAGACUGCCGCGCUGUAUUGUCCCGUGGUGGAGGGGCUAUAGAAAUGUCCAAAGAUCACAGGCCAUUGUGCAUUAAAGAAAGGAAGAGGAUUGAGUCUCUAGGUGGAUACAUAGAUGACGGUUACCUGAACGGCCAGUUAGGAGUGACUCGUGCACUAGGUGACUGGCAUCUUGAAGGAAUGAAAGAAAUGAAUGGAAAGGGUGGACCAUUGAGUGCUGAGCCAGAACUUAAAUUGAUGACAUUAACAAAAGAAGAUGAAUUUUUGAUAAUUGGGAGUGAUGGAAUCUGGGAUGUUUUUCGCAGCCAAAAUGCUGUAGACUUUGCUCGAAGGAGGCUUCAAGAGCACAAUGAUGUGAAGCAGUGUUGCAAGGAGAUAAUAGGGGAAGCAAUAAAGAGAGGAGCAACAGACAACUUGACAGUGGUGAUGAUAUGUUUCCACUCAGAACCACCACCUCCUAUGGUUGUAGAAAGGCCUAGAGUCAGAAGAAGUAUAUCUGCUGAGGGGCUUCAAAAUCUCAAGUGCUUGCUAGAAGGAUAAAACAUUCUUCUCUGCAACACAAAUGAUUCUUUUUUUGAGGUGAGAUUAUGUACAUAAAUUCAUCCGUCACACUAAAAAUGUCAUUCUACUUCCUGUUGUUGCUGAUCCCUGAGGGGAUGGAGUAAGGAACACACCAAGAUGGCAAAUUCAAAUAAAUUUCAUACCAUCUUAUAAUUAUUUUCCCCAUUGCUAAUGUCUUAAUGGGAAAGUGAUAAACUUGAAUUAUGUAUAUCUUGUAAAAAUGUAAUUUAUGCACACAAGCAACAUCGCACUGUCCUCAUUUUUUUUUUUGUUGGUCAAGCUCCUCAUUGUGGAUGGAUUUUGUGUGUUUGUGAAAAGCAAACAAAAUGAUUUGUGAGUGAGGUACUCAAAAUGAGAAUUACAACAUUAA